GUUCCAAUUCAGUCGUCGUCGCUUUCAAAUGUGCUACGCGCGUCGUUCGCGCUUUGUUCGUUUCACAAAUUCGUUGAGUUUCCAAGAAAAUAAUUGCAACAUCAACAUCGCAACAACAACAACAGCAGCAGCAACAACGCAACAAGUGUAAAAGUGUUGUGCACAUGCGUAUUUUGCAUUAAAUUUAAAAGAAUAUAUGUGUAAUUAUUUACAGUGCAAAACAAGUGUUGGCAAAAUAAAGUUGCUCUUUUCUGUUUUUAACAAAUAAAAUUGUAUUUUGCAUUCUGCGCGAUCUGCGCCGUGUCAAAAUGUGCAACAACAACGAAGUUUACAAAUAUUUAAUUGCUGCGUUAAUUUAAUUAAGCAGCAAAUUCGCUUUUUUACAAGUGGUGAAUAGUGAAAAAUUGAAAUCGAAAAAAUUGUUGAAUGUGUUUCUUUCUUUAUGCUGGGAUUAUAAUAAACGUGUUCUUUUGGAUUUAAAUCACACGGCAAAACGUGCCAAAAAGUUAGCCGGAGCUUCCAUCAACACACGCAGAGAGGAGGAGACACAUUAAAGAUCUAAACACUAGACACACACACACACACAACGAGAUAAACGACGUCACACUGGAGUCACAAAAACGAUAAACAUUCCAAAAAUUCCAAUACCUCUCCCUCCCCAGUUGUACAGUAUGUCACAUGAUAAGAAAAUGUUGGAUCGCGAGGCAGUACGUUCAGUGAUUCAGCAAUGGAAUGCCAACAGAUUGGAUCUCUUUGCUCUCUCCGAGCCAGACGAGAAUCUGCUCUUCCAUGGCGUUAUGCGGUUUUACUUCCAAGAUGCCGGCCAAAAAGUGGCCACCAAAUGCAUUCGCGUUGCCAGCGAUGCCACAGUCACAGAUGUCAUAGACACGCUCAUUGAGAAAUUCCGUCCGGAUAUGCGGAUGUUGUCGGUGCCCAACUAUGCGCUCUACGAGGUGCACGCCAAUGGCGAGGAGCGACGCUUGAAUGCCGAUGAGAAGCCGUUGCUUGUGCAGCUCAAUUGGCAUAUUGAUGAUCGCGAAGGUCGCUUCCUGCUCAAGAACAUCGACCAGAAGACGACACCGAUUGAGCAAUCAGACUUGAAUUUCAAGCGCAAGCUCUCGAAGCGCGAGAAGAAGGAGCAAAAGAAGAAGGAGAAGCUGGCCAAACUCAGCUCCGAUCUCCCCCAGUCGAAUGGCAGUCAACUGGGCCUAGGCAAUGGUAUUGGCAAUGCUGCGACGGCGGCACAUAUGAACGGCAAUGCGGGUGGCGGAGGCGUUGGCAAUGGCAACGAUGCUGGCGAUGCUGUCGCUGGCAAGCUGUACACAGAGCUGCCGGAGACGUCAUUCACACGCUCGAUCUCAAAUCCGGAGGCCGUGAUGCGUCGACGGCGACAGCAAAAGCUGGAGAAGAAGCUGCAACAGUUUCGGUCACGCGAUGGCGGUCCGGAUACGGGUGGCACGUUAAAAAUCUACGGCGAGAGCCUGUGCCAGGAUGUGCCUUACAAGACGCUGCUGCUGUCCAUACGGGACUGCGCCCAGGCGGUUGUCAGGGAAAUGCUCACCAAAUAUGGCCUCGAGAAGGCGGAUCCCUUGCACUAUUGUCUCGUUCAGGUGAACAGCGAUGGCACGGAGUAUAUACUUGACGACGAUGAGUGCCCUCUAUCGAUACUUAUGAAUCAUCCAACGUCACGCGGUUCCAUCAUGUUUCAUGUGCGACGCCGUCCGGCGGAUUCGCAGCCUCGUCGACGCAAGAAAAAACCUUUGGGCGCCGCGAAUGGUGCGAAUCACAUGUCAGGGGAUCGUGAAGGUCCCGUCCUCGUCGAGGUGACGCACAGCGGCGAUGGCGGACGCCGCAUAAAGCUGGGCAGCGAUCCGGUCGAGGUCGGUUCGGCCAACACGAAUUGCCUGCAAUUGUUUGGACCCUCCAUCCAGCCAAGGCAUUGUCUCAUCUCGUUGUUGGAAGGCGUUUGCACAGUCACGCCGCUGCACACGGAUGCGCUCACCUUUGUCAAUGGACAUCACAUUAGCCAGCCGACCAUUUUGCAUAACGGUUCGGUCGUCAUGUUCGGUCGCGUGGCCUCGUAUCGUUUCCUGGAUUCACCCACGGAUGGUCGCUAUAAUCUGGCCUUGUCUCAAUCCCAACUGGACUCCGCGUGUCUCUACGAGAGUCGGUCACCAACAUCGCCAGGAUCUUGGAACGAUGAGGAUGGCGCUCUUAGUUCGACGCACAAGAGCGAAUACGAGCAGCAUCAGCAGAUGAAUCAAUCCUCGGCGGUGUUUCACAACAACAACAACAACAAUGCCACAGAUCCACAGACACUGCACUCGUUGAGGGAUGUGGUGGAUAGUAAACAUGGCAGCCAGGAGCAACAGCAAGCGGCAGCUUCCUCUGGGGGCAACUAUGAUGGUCAGAGUCUUGAAGGUAAUCUGGAGAAUGAAAUUAAAUCAAUAUCGAGCAUGAAAUCCGGCGGCUCGAACAGUCAGGAGAGAUCACCCAAAUUGCCAGGCGCUGGCGGUCUUUUGGCCGGUGGCAGCGGCUCCGGCGAUAACCAAGGACAAGAGCCAAUUUUGCCAGCUGUUCUGGAGUUCCCCGAGACGCAUCAGGAGCUCUUUCUGCGCCACAUCAUCAGCGAAUUGGAUGUGAAUGUGCCGCACUUUAAAUUGGCUCCGGUUUACUCGCUUUACUUGUGUGCCAGAUACCGCGCCUCCACCCAUUACCGUCCAGAGCUGCAGCCGACGGAGCGCGCCCAUAAAUUAACGAUUUUCCUGCACCAUGUGGCGAAUCUGGUCUAUGGCGUUGUCCAGGAGCAGUACACGGAUCCCCGCAUCCUCGCCUUUUGGAUGGCGAACAGCUCGGAGUUUUUGCACUUCCUCAAAUCGGAUCGUCACAUCAGCGCAUUUAGCGUGCAGGCACAAGAAGUGCUCGCCGAGGCUGUGCAAACGGCAUUCCGCAAUCUUGUCAACUGCUUUCGCUUGGAACUGUCGCAGACGCUUAAUCAAUUCCUCUCCGAGACCAUUGACCACGACUCGGCGGCGGGAUUGGUGCUCACAGUCUUGGGCUCCGCAAUGGCUUUGUUGCGACGCUGUCGCGUUAAUGCUGCGUUGACUAUUCAGCUGUUCUCGCAGCUCUUUCACUACAUCAAUGUCAUCUGUUUCAAUACGAUUGUGGCCAAUUCGCAUAUGUGCACCGGGGAGUGGGGAAAAGUGAUGAUAGAGCGACUUCAGUUGCUGGAACUGUGGGCCGAACGUCAGGGACUGGAAUUGGCUGCCGAUUGCCACUUGGCCAAGAUCAAUCAGUGUGCGCAAUUCUUGCAGGCACCCAAGUCCUCGGUGGAAGAGAUUCAGCAAUUGUCGUGCUCCUGUUUCCGCCUGAAUUCGCUGCAGAUGAGUGCUCUGCUGCAGCAGGAGAAGAUUCCACGCAAUCUUGUCGAUACCGCUAUUCGCAUGGCGGAGUCUGUGGCUGACGAACUCACCCGUGCCGAUGGCCGCGAGGUGCGUCUGGAGGAAUCCCCCGAACUGCAUUUGGCGCUGCUCUUGCCCGACGAUGGCUUCAGCUGUGAUGUAGUGCGCGGCAUUCCCACCGGUCUUGUCGACUUCCUGAAUCCUCUGCAGCAGCAAGGCAUGUGCCGUCUGGCCGCUCAGCCCACGUCGAUUGGCCUCUGGACAGUCUACAUGCAUCAGUUUAAUGCGCGCAGUUCGAGCGCCAUGUCGAAUAAGCUGCCUCAGCCGGAGGUGCAGUUGAUAAAGCUGCACAAGAACAGCAAUGGCAUGGGUCUGUCCAUUGUGGCCGCUAAGGGCGCUGGCCAGGAGCGCUUGGGCAUCUACAUCAAGAGCGUGGUGCCCGGCGGAGCUGCCGAUGCGGAUGGACGCCUGCAAGCCGGCGAUCAGCUGCUGCGCGUCGAUGGCCAAAGCCUGAUUGGCAUUACACAGGAGCGUGCUGCUGAUUAUUUGGUGCGCACAGGUCCCGUGGUCAGUUUGGAGGUGGCCAAGCAGGGCGCCAUUUACCAUGGACUGGCGACGCUGCUGCAGCAGCCGAGUCCCGUCAUACAGCGUGGUAAUCGCCGCAUGUCCGAGCGCGAUUUGAGUCGAAUGGGGGCCGCCGAAUCGUCGAAAUCAUUGGGCGUCCUCGGUGGGCCGCUCAUUGCCAAUAGCCACACGAGUCACAGUCUCAACCAGCACCUAAAUCUGAGCAAUAGUAAUAUCAGCAAUAGCCACAAUCACAUCGGCAACAACAACAGUAGUAACAUCAUGAACCCCUUAGCUGCACACCUGCCCAAUAGCAAAUCGGUGCCGGCUCUGCAUCACCACACCGGAUCUGGCAACAUAUCGCUGGCCAAUUCCAAGUCACGCAGCACGCACAGUUUGCAUAACAAUGCCGGUGGAGGAGUAGGAGCAGGAGGAGGCGGAGGCGGCAUCGGAAUGGGCGCCAUCGGCACCGGAGGUCAACCAAAUGGCAUUCACAACAAUCCAAAUGCAAAUCCAAAUGCAAAUGGAAAUCUAAAUGGCAACGAGCAGGGCUUCUAUCAGAAUUUAAGCGUGUAUCGUGCACAAAAUCAAAGUCAACCGAUUCUCAAUGAGAGACCGGCGAUGUCAGGACAUGCCGCCAUGAACGCCUACAAUGGCAAUUCCCCCCAGCAGCAACAACAACAGUUGCAACAGCAACAGGCGUCUCCCUACCAACAGCAACAACACAUGCAGGUCGGAGGUAAUCUGCCAACGAGACCCGUGUCCGCCUAUUAUCACAGUCAGCAGAGUGCUCAGCAGCAGCUGCAACAGCAACAACAGCAGCAGCAGCAGCAACAACAUCAGCAACAGCAUACCCUCCAACAUCAGCAAUUUGCACACAGCAGCAGCAAUCUCAAUGGCCAACCGUCGCAACAGCAGCUAACGCUCAACAAUCGCGCCAAGAGUCAACAGAACUUCCAGCACACGCUGCGCAUGCAGCAAAUGCUGGCACCUUCCAUGCCCAACAUAAGCAACAUGUAUCAACAGCAGCAACAUCAGCAGCAGCAACAGCAGCCGCCACAGCAACAGCCGAUGAGUGCCAGCCAAAGUAUGCAGAAUGUGAAUGAGUUUAUGCCCGGCUAUCAGAAUGGUGGACUCGAUUAUCAGCAGCAUGUGCGUCGCAGUCAGCUCCACGAUCCAGCAACACUCUACGAGCUGCAGCAGCAACAGCAACAACAACAACAGCAGCAGCAGGCGUCGCCCAAUUUCAUUGCGUUGCCACCGAAGCCAAUGGGCAGUCUGCAAUCGCCAAGCAAGUCUGCAGCGCCGCCAAGCACCGCUCCCAAACCGCAACAGCAACAACAGCAGCAACAGCGACUUCAGCAGCAGCUGCAACAACAACAACAACAGCAGCAGCAGCAACAACAGGCAGGUUAUAUGCCCAGUCUGGUGAUGGGUGAGGAUAAGCCACCAUUGCCGCCAACUGCCACGCAUCCGCUCUUCAAGGCAACGCAGCAGCUGGCGCCGGGCAUGAACUAUGUGGCCAGCACCUUGGAUCCUCCUAAAGGAAGUUACUUGCCCGCCAAUCAGGCAGCUGCUCGCCCAUUGCACAGCGGCAGCAAUCCCUGGGAGCGCGAGGAGCGUGAAAAGGAUCUAGAGAUGCGACGCGAGCACAUACGUCAGUGGAGGGAGCAGCAAAUUGCCGAGUUGUCGGGCACAUUGACGCGAACGCCACAGCAGGAGGAGCAGCUGAAGACGCUGAUACUGGAGCGUGACUUUGAGCGGCGUGCGCAAGAGCUGCAGGAGCAGGAGGAUGAUCAGGAGCAGCAAUACGACAAGGACAAUGUGCAGGAACUGUUCCGGCUAUCAGCCAGCAGUAGUGCCAUACAGACGCCCGUCACCAGCUACCGCCAGACGGACAUCAAGCUGGCCGAGAUCAGCGAAAGCAGUCCCGUUGAAGCGGUUGCUCCGCCGCCUCCACCACCUGCGGCGGUCAGCACGCAGCAGCCGAAGAGCAUACUGAAGCAUAAUCGUUACUCGGAGAGUGGAGCUGGUGGUAGCACAACCGGUGCUCCCUCCUCGCCCUCCAAGUCACAGAAGUCGGCGAGCUUCGCGGACGAGCGUCAUCUGCAGACAGAGCAUCCGAUAUCCAGUCUGGCCAAGGAUCUCACGCAGCUGAGCAUGCUCGACAAGGACAACAACAACGACACGGCGCUCGAUGGUUCAGUGCCUCCUCCGCCUCCACCAGAGCGCAACAGCUCGUAUCUGAUAAUGUCACAACAGAAGCUGAGAACGAGUGUUGGCGGUGGCAACUCGUCGAUGGGUCUGCUGAAGACGGCGACCAGCAAUCAGGCGGCCGCUGCUGCAGUGGAGAUCAAGAAGGCAGCCUUGCACAGCAACAGCAACAACCACUCGAGCAACAACAACAACAAUAUCAAUAAUAACAAUUUAAGUGGCAGCCUCAACAACAAUAACAACAACACAAUGCAGGCAUCGCCGCUGAGCGCCAUGGAAUUGAAUGCAGCCUACGUGUCGGCAACGGGCAGUGGAAUGAGCUUGGGAGGAUUGGGCACGCCGCCACCGCUGCUGCAGCGGGACAACAAGCGUGUGAGCUUCCACGACGAGGAGAACAAUAUGCUGGGCAUGCAUAGUCCGCAGCAGCAACAGCAGCAGCAGCAAUACUUGCUGGACAACUACACGUUGGAGCAGGACUUGGACACUAUUCGCGAGGAUGCCAGCUAUCUGCAGCACAAUCUGGAUGCCUCGAUGUUGCCAUCGAUGCCCUCCACACCGGAUGCGGCACUUUGGAACACCACAGUGCAAUCAACGCCCGGCGUCAUUGGCGCCCAAGAGGUUUACAGGGAUCCCAGACAGCGGCGUCUGGCCGAAAAGCAACAGCAACAGCAGCAACAACGAGCUGGCGAUGCGGUGCCUGAGAAAUUGUCAUUUAAGGAGAAGAUGAAGAUGUUUGCAUUGGAAUCGGGCGAGGAUAAUACGCCCAAGGAUAAGCUGAAAAUAUCACGGGCUCAACGGGACAUUGAUGCAGUGCACUGAGUGCGGCCAACAGCGAGCAGCCGCAAAUCAAUGCGAUGUACAUACACACACACUCUAACAUACAUAUUUACACCUAAAUCACGAGUACUCAGUUGAAUUGGGGGGCCAAGUUGUUACCAUAGAAUAGCGAUAUAUAGUAGCAAACUAUAUUUACUUACAUACCAACUACAUACAUACAUACAUAGCACAUAUGACAACCUAACGAAUUUGCUAAGCAAGGCAAUAAUAAACAAUCCAUAGUUAUCGCGUUCCAAUUAUUAGAUCGCAUAGUUGCGUAGUACUACGAGUAGUUGAAAAGUCGAGUCCAACAACAAAACGUUAACUGAAAUCAAUUAGUGAAAAGCAAAAUUAGCAUAUUAUAUCGUAUAUCUAAAGAACAACUAAAAUACAUAUGUAGCAAUCGGUACGUACAUAUAAUUCUAUAUAAAUAUAUACAACAAUUAUUAUGAAGCGCCUAUAAGACAGGGCAACGAAAGUUGGGCGAGCCACAUUUGUAAAGCGGUUUUAAACAUUAUUCUUUACCUACUACUGAAACACACACACAUAUAUAAAAAACAUAUGUAUAUAUAAUGUAUGUCAAUAUAUGCAAAACACAACUUGUUGCAUCAAAAACAAAAACAAAUAUGGAAAUAUUAAGUAUUUACCUUAAUGAUAACAAAUAUGUAAAUGAUGUGCGUUAGUUUAGAGAUAUUUACCUGGGAAUUGUGCGGAACAAACACGAAAUGUUUAUUAUUAUAGGAAAUUAUAAGCCACGACGUCAUAAAACAAAUGGUCCAAUUAUUCAAUUAUUAACAAAGAAACAAAACAAAUUUAUAUUUACAAAAAAAAAACAAAACAAAAGAUUCACAUAUAUAAAUAUAUAUUUUUAAUUACAACAUUUUUCGUACACCUUUUAAAGCAACAAACAAAGAAAAACGAAAACUAUAUAACAAAAAAGAAA